CACUAGUGUCUGUUGGCAGUAGGCAGCUGUAGAUCACUGGGCUAAGUCCUUGUCGGGGAAAUGUUAGUUGUAGGCGAAUGCGUUUCAGUCRAUCUGCGCAUGCGUCUUGGCCGCGAUAGUCUGUCGCCAUAACAACGCUUUGUUGACAAGUGAUACCUGCUGGAGAAGCGAAAUGAAACUCAAACGAUUCCUUCUCAGAUAUUAUCCACCAGGUAUCAUCCUGGAAUAUGAGAAAGGAGGAGCUCUGAAGACUAAAUCCAUUGAUCUGUUGGAUUUGUCUCCGGAGACAGACACCGAGGAGUUAAUAUCAGAGAUCAGGAAAUCGGAGCCACUGAUCACAGCAUCACGCGUCGACCAAGUCAAACUCUUGAUCCUCAGACUGCAGGAGAAACUGGGUCAGCAGGACAACCGCAGAUUCUACCUCUUCAAGGCGCUGCAGGCGCACAUACUGCCACUGACAAACGUUGCCUUCAAUAAAUCAGGCUCGAGAUUUAUAACUGGGAGCUAUGACAGGACAUGUAAAAUAUGGGACACGGCGUCAGGUGAGGAGCUGCACACACUGGAGGGCCACAGGAACGUGGUGUACGCCAUCGCCUUCAACAACCCCUAUGGGGACAAGAUUGCCACUGGGUCCUUUGAUAAGACCUGCAGGCUGUGGAGUGUAGAGACGGGCAAAUGUUUCCACACCUUCCGAGGACACACUGCUGAAAUAGUGUGUUUGGCGUUUAACCCUCAAAGUACCUUGGUGGCCACGGGUAGCAUGGACACUACGGCCAAGCUAUGGGACAUCCAGACUGGAUCGGAGGUGUCUYCACUGACAGGCCACUCAGCAGAGAUCAUCUCCUUGUCGUUUAACACAGUGGGUGACCAGCUAGUCACUGGCUCCUUUGACCACACUGUUUCUCUGUGGGAAUCGAGUGGGAAGUGUAUGGCCACACUAGCAGGCCAUGAAGACGAGGUGCUGGAUGUGUGUUUCGACUACACCGGUCAACUCAUAGCCACCGCCUCGGCUGAUGGCACAGCGAGAGUGUACAGCGCUGUCAGCUACCAGUGCAUCUCCAGACUGGAGAGCCAUGAGGGAGAGAUCUCCAAGAUCUGUUUUAACGCUCAGGGCAGUAGAGUUCUGACGGCCAGCGCUGACAAGACGGCUCGCCUGUGGGACGUCCAGUCUGGCGUCUGUCUGCAGGUCCUCGAGGGACACACGGACGAAAUCUUCUCCUCUGCCUUCAACUACGAGGGUGACACCAUCAUCACAGGCAGCAAGGACAACACCUGUCGCAUCUGGCGCUGACCCAUCCUAUGGUCAGUGGUCAGUAGGGUGUGUGAGGAGGGUAAGGCCAUCUGUCCAUCCCCCAACAAGAAGAUGACUCCAACAUGGCCCCGAUUGAAGAUGCCCUUCCUGGAAGUUAUCACUGACCCAACGUAUGUGACCUCUAAUCUCCUAGUUGCUGUGGAGUAAGAUUCAGUAGAACAGAUAGCUUUGGUGAAUGAAUUUGGUCCCACUGUCAUUUUACUAUGUAGCACUGUCUAGACAGACAGUUUAGCGCUGUGGAUGCAUCACAAUGGCACCCAAUCCCUAUUAAGUGCACUACUUUUGAGCAGGGCCUAUAGGGCUUUGCGGCCUGCAUUCACCGGUUAGGAUUUGACCUGGACUGGUCACUUUGGUCCUCUGUCAUGUCCAGUGUUUAUAAUCAGUGUUUAUUUGUGUGUUAAUUGUAGAAUGGGCUGGACGGAAAAUGUUUUCUCUACCCCUCUUUUGCUCAAUAAAGUCUAUUCAUGCUCACA